UGGAAAAAAAAUAUAAAAGCUUGCAAAUUGUUUGCUCAGCCCUUCCAUCACCUUCUUCACUAUUUCGCAAACCCCUUACAAAUACUACGACGAUGGCCAACAAGGCAAAACUUGAGGCACUCCUGACUUUGAUCAACACAUCCGCACGAGAUGCCAUUGCGUUGUAUGAGCAGUACGGUGACGUACCUACCAUCGACCAGGCCGAACCCCACCCAUUGGACAAUGCGGUCGACCAGGUGGCUUUGAAGAGUGCUAUUCGUACUCUUGAAGGUGCUUGUGCUCAGAUAUGCGCGACACUUGCUCCACCUGCCCAUACUGCAGUUAACCUUGUCCAAGUGUAUGAUCCUGCUUGCGUGCGAGUAGUUGCUCGGGAACAUGUUUCGGAUAUUCUGUUGAAGUACCCUAAGGGUCUUCACGUCAAUGAGCUCUCCAAAAAAAUCAAUGUCGAGCCAAAGAAACUGGCCAGGAUACUGCGCCUCCUAGCCACGAGAGGUUGCUACAGUGAAGUUGAGACGGACGUUUUUGCCAACAACCGACUGUCUCUGAUCCUACUCGACGAGAACCCUGUCAAAAACAUAAUCUUGUUCCACGUGGAAGCAACUGCCAAGGGAGCAUCAGUUUUCUAUGAAACACUCAAAGAUCCCAAAAUUGCCUACUCGUAUGAUCCGACGAUCGCACCUGCGAUGUAUGCCAUUAACAAAAAUGGAACCGAAGGAACGAUCUUCGACUGGAUGGCACGGAAUGACGGCCUACGCGAGUCCUAUCAUGUCUCGAUGAGAGCUCUGAACAGCAUUAUGGGCUCCCUCGCCGUCCUGACCCAAUUCCCAUUCGAAAAGUACUCAACAGUUGUUGAUGUUGGAGGAGGUAUCGGAGCAUUUUCCCUACCUUUGUCUAAAAUGCACAAAAACGUCAAAAUCACAAUCCACGAUCUUCCGGAAGCACUGGUCCAGGCGAGAGGCAUCUGGGCGAAAGAAAGCCCUGAAGCCGUGGCAGAAAACAGAGUCGACUUCGUGGACUUGAAUUUCUUCGAACAAGUGCCUGUGAAAGGCAAGGACAUCUACUAUCUCAGAAAUAUCAUCCACGACUGGCCUGACCACGAAUCUGGGCUCAUUCUUUCAAACCUUCGCAAGGCGCUCGGUCCAAACAGCCGCGUGCUCAUCCAUGACUACGUGCUCCGCCAGCUGAGCCGCAAGCAGGCAGCAGUAGAAGCUUCAGAGCUUGGAGUUGUUUCGGCCCCUGAACCUCUCCUUGCAAACUUUGGUGUUGGAAGCAUACGUUCAUACCAGCAAGACUUGAAUAUGUUGUUCUUACACAACGCAAAGGAACGAACAUUACAAGACUUCCUCGCACUCACCACUGUGGCUGGUUUGAAACUGGAGAAAGUCUGGGACCUUGCCGAAGCAUGCGUCUUGGAGUAUUCUGCCGCAUAAGUUUCUCGAGCUGAUUCGAUGUGUUCAUCCACAUAAGCAUGGAGAAGAUCGGAGACCUUACUGAAGCAUGCCAUAUUGGAGCUUUCCGCUCACAUGUUCCAAAACCUCUGGCUUACGUGUUCAUCCACGUAAGCAAUGCCUGCACGUGUUCCUACACGACAUGAGAUUUGUGGGUUUUGCGACGAGCCUG